AUGUCGAUGAGCAGGGAGCCCAGUAGCAGCGUCUGCCUUCCUCUGCCCUUACGACAGGAGCUCGAGCUCGACAACAACUUCAACCAAUCACGAGUAUGUAGCACAUACAAUGGUCAUGACAAUGAAGCGUAUAAAGUGAAGUACUGGUCUGAUCUAAUCUCAACGGUUUUACAAUAUGAAGGAGGUGUAGCGACGACAUGCACAGAGGUGCGGAAGUGGUGGGCCCGGCAUGUGAACCCUCGGCAAGCCCUGCCGAGUCUGCCUGCCAUCAUAGCGGAGUCAAACGAGAUAUUGACCGAGACACAGACAGCUAGAGAGUAUGCAGAUCUAUGGUCUCAACCGGCAGUAACAGCAGUAGCAGGAGCCGCUGAGAACAACGCGGGGUCAGGACUGAUCACCAAAAUGGCAGCCAUCGUCCGAGGACUGAUCUGGAGCAGCGAUAGUACAGCUGAUGAAAAGGACGUAGGAGAUGAUACCGUACUGUUAUCGAGACGGCAACUAUCCCAGCUAACGGCCAGAGUGUUGAGGAGGACCUCUGCUGCUCACGACAAUUCGGUCUUAACACUGCAAGAGUUCGAUCACAUUGUGGAGGAGGAACUAACGAGCAUGAGAGCCACUUCGGUUGGAUUCGGGCUCAGUGUCCCAGCCUGUGGAAAGGCAAAGGAGGCUGUUUUAGCGUACAUGGCGUCGGUCGGGAAGGCAUCAGUGUUCUGUGAUACUGUGGGUACGACCUCGGGGAUGUUGCGGGGUGUGAAGGUGGGCAGCCCUACAGCAGCAGGCCCUGUCGAUAAGGCACAUCUGGUCCAUAGAAUAGCCUUGGGCAGAAUCGACUCCAUGGAGGAGUCUCUCACAGCUGCAUGGUCUAAGGCUGACAGUCGGGCUCGAGAACACCUUCGUGCUGGUCGCAAGCCUUUAGCGUUGCAAGCAUUGAAGGAACGGUCUCUACUGCAGGGCCGACUAGACGAGCUAGGUAAAUAUCGUCUUCAGCUCCAGAGCACUAGUAAGGCCUUGGCUGUGAGGAGGAAGAAGCAGCCUAUAGCAACUCUGUCAGGCGGGUUCACAGCAACAGCUGAAAUACAGAGUAUAGUGGUUGAGGCUCUUUCGGCAAGCACGAUGAUGGCAAAGGAACAGAAAGUCGACUUGGAACACGUUGAUAAGCUAGCCGAGGAUAUGCAGGAAGUGAGAGAAGACAUAGAACUGGUGUCGGAUGCCAUAGCGGCGAUGUCUCUGAAUGGUGGUGCUGCAGUAGAACAGGAUCCCGACCUGCAGGCUGAGCUCGAUAAGCUCAUGGACGAGCAACAGGAUAUUGACGUGAUUGCUGUUAAGGAGCAGGUUGCAGCAGCACCGUCUGUCCCGACAGAUGUCGUAGGAGGGGAGCCGGUGAAAACUAUCUUUUCCGAAGACUCGAAAGCUAACAGCACAGCGAGUUCCCCUUCAAGAUUGAUGAUGUCCGAACCAGUGUAG